AUGAGCACGAGUACAAAUUUAGUUAGUGAUUUUGCGUUUCCUGAGCUUGAUACACAACAAGAACAGCCAAAGUCCUUUCCUGUCCUUUUACAACCUGAAGUUCAAAGACUUACUUCCUUCUCACUGUUAGGGAAGACACAAGGCUGUCCAAAAACUUUCUUGAUUCAAGAACUUGACUUUAGUUUAGUAUCAAAUACGGCUUUAAAACCAUAUAAUGAACGUACUUCUAUUGUAAUUGACCAAGCAUGGGCUCAUACGUCAACGACAUAUCAAGUACCAUCUUCAUACGAUGACAAAAAUUUAUCUGAUCAAGACGUGUGGGGAACUCUAAUGUUUAAUUCAUCUCAAGAAACAACACCCGUAUCACAACGUUAUUCACAUUCCGAAAUUUCAGCGGCAACUACCCCUCGGUCGUUCAAUCAACGUCUAAGACAAGAAUCAUAUAAUAAGGAGAAUGAUUCAGAGAAUAAAGAAUUUCCAUGCACCGAGUGUGAUAAGAUAUAUAGGGGAAAGAAUGCGCGCUCAAUUUUGCGCAGACACCUUAAAGAUAAACACAAGAUCGAACAACCAAGAGGUACACGAUGGGAUAAUGACCCAAAUCGUCCUAAAACGGAUGAAGAACGACGACAGAGAAUGUUAGAGUCAAAGCGAAGAUCCGCAUUAAAGGCUCGUGAAAGGAAGAACAAUCAAAAGGCCAUGCUGCAACAUUCUAACAAUAUUAACCACAACCAUCCAAGAUUCUGUCGCGAUCUUUAUCCUUCUUCAAAAGCAGAACUCUCAUUAAUUUUGUCCCCACCACACACACCAACUACAACUGACUGUGGCCGAAAUUUAUGUUCGUCACCAGCUCACUACCACAUUAAUAAGAUUCAUUAA